GGGUAAAAGACAGAAGCUUCAACACAGAAUAGUUAGUCCAUAAAGUUUCAUCUGCAAACAAUGUGUUUCUUAGUGAGAUGGGAAGAAAACUGAGAGUGACACAGAGUUAUGGUGGAAAAAAGAUUCAACCAAAUGAAAACAUUUUUAAUAUGUUAGUAAUACUACGUAUGCUUUAAUGAGAGAAGUAAAAUAGAAAAUAAGAUGUCUUCCAUUUUAUAGAGAUACAUUACUAUCAAACACACCCGUAACUUCUAGAAUAUCUGCCUAGAAUGUUGAUGAAGUAUACAGGUGAGGACGAAGAGUGAAACUGGUUAACCUUUUAUUAAACAGAAAAAACAAUCUGGAAUUUUUUAUUGUAAAUUCGUUGUCAAGAAGGUGAUUAAAAACCAAGAUGAAGAUGGUGUGCAGAAUUUCAGGAGUUUUAAUAUCACUGUUGUUCUUCAGUCUUCUGAAAGGUUCAGAACAAGGUCCUCAUGAACGAAGACUAAUCAAUGACCUUCUGCGUGACUACAACGUUAUGGAAAGGCCAGUAGCCAAUGAAUCAGAACCACUUUUGCUCAGUUUCGGUUUAACUCUGCAGCAGCUAAUUGAUGUGGAUGAAAAGAAUCAGAUAGUAACCUCAAACUUGUGGUUAAAUUUGGAUGAAAAGAAUGAACAACUUGUAACAAAUCUCUGGUUAACUUUGGAAUGGGUAGACGUCAAUUUGAGAUGGAACGUGUCUCAGUACGGAGGAAUCAGAGAUAUACGGAUAGCACCCAAAUACAUUUGGAAACCAGAUGUCCUCAUGUAUAACAGUGCAGACGAGAGGAUUGACAGUACCUUCCCUACAAACGUGGUGGUACAACAUAAUGGCAGCUGUUCGUACAUUCCUCCAGGGAUAUUCAAAAGCACGUGCAAGAUUGACAUCACGUGGUUUCCUUUUGACGAUCAGAAAUGUGUGAUGAAAUUCGGAUCGUGGACCUAUGACGGAAAUGCCCUGGACCUCCUACUACCCAGUGAAGAAGCAGACCUUUCAACGUACAUUGACAACGGAGAAUGGGAUUUAAGAGGUUUUCCAGGAGUCCGAAAUCUAAUAUAUUACACUUGCUGCCCCGAACCUUACGUCGAUAUAACCUUUACAUUACACAUCAGACGUCGAACUCUCUACUACGGUUUCAAUCUUAUCAUUCCUUGUGUUCUGAUUUCUUCGAUGGCUUUGCUUGGUUUUGCCUUACCACCAGAUUCUGGAGAAAAAUUAACUUUGGGUGUGACAAUUCUACUGUCCUUGACGGUUUUCAUGCUUCAGCUAGCUCAAAACAUGCCUCCGACAUCUGACGCUGUGUCGAUCAUAGGCACAUAUUUUGCUUGCACGAUGGUAAUGGUUGCAUUUUCAGUAGUCAUGACGGUUGUCGUUCUGAACUACCAUCACCGUAACUCGGACACCCAUGAAAUGCCGCAAUGUAUAAAAUCCUUAUUCCUUGUUUGGCUUCCAUGGAUAUUACGUAUGAGCAGACCAAGUCGAAAAAUGAAAGAAAAAAGAGUACUGUUCAACAAAAAAAUGAAGGAAUUGGAACUAAAAGAGCGUUCUUCCAGAAGCUUGUUAGCCAACGUCUUGGAAAUCGACGACGACUUUCGGACAGCUUACUCUACACCUGGCUACUUACACGUUCCUUCAAAUGACGAUAGCUCAGCUAUACAUUCUUGUAUUACUACGCAAAGAGAACUUAGUUCGAUCACGCGUGAACUUCGCUUCAUCACAAAUCAUUUACGGGACGAAGAUGGCGCAAACGAAAUCAUAGGAGAGUGGAAAUUUGCUGCCAUGGUGAUCGACCGCGUGUGCUUGAUUAUGUUUACCAUUUUUACAAUGGUGUCAACUUUUCUGUGCCUUUUUUCGGCGCCUCAUCUUUCAGCUUGAAUCAAGUAAUAUAAAUUAGAAGCAAAUAACAUUAAAAUAUCUUCAUUAUUAUAUUAGUGUUUAAUGUAAUCUCUCAUAGAAACUAAAAAAAGAAAUAAUGUUAUGAAAGGAAUUAAACAUUUAAAAAUAAUCGUGAACUACGCAUGCUUGCUCCUCAGACUGGUGCCAAUAAGAGUAUAGAGUACGUGAUAAGACAGGCCUAAGGCAACAAGUUUCUUCAGUACCUUUAUCGCAGUUGCAAGGAAAAUAAAUAUAAAACAUACGUGAAACAUUUACCCUCUUUCUGCUUCAUAGAUAGAGAAGUGAGCGUCAGUGUUCUUCUGGUAUUGAAAAAUAGCAUGUCAGUACAUAGGCAAACAAAUAUAUAUACUGCUUGAAUACUGUUUCCUCCUACCCUUCCAAAAGCAAAAGUAAAACUUUAUAUAGAUAACUCGAUAAGUAGAUUAGUCCAAUUGAAAUAAGUUGCUAAAGUUAUAGGUGUUUAUGUAUGUGGUACACACGCUAGUGUAAUGUUCCAUGAUGCCUCCUGAGUUCUUAAUGUGAAACAUUAUUUUAGGAAAAUAUGUUUUUAUGCUGAUCAAGUUCUCAUGUAAGUAGACCAUGUUUAUAAAGACCCAGUAUUCUUAUAGACGUUUGCUGUAGUAAUAUAAAUCGCUUAUUAUUAUUGAUUUAGGUACAAUCAAUAUAAAUUUACAUGAUGUUAAUUUUUUUUUCACCUCAAUUACAGAACUAAAAAUCGGAAUUUAAAGUUGGCUGAUUAUAAACAAUAGGGUGGGAUUACUUCUGCUCGUUUCUUUAUCUUCGUUUCGGUUACCUAACAAGUUGAGAUCCUACUUUUUCGCUGUCUUUACUUGGCGGGAUUUACCUGUUUCAAUUUUGUUUUAAUACGUCACGCGAACAGAGAUCUACUAACCGAUUUUAAGUUGGAAACUUUCCUACCGAUAUAAUAACUGAUCAUUAUACAAAAAAAAAAA